UUCUGAAAAAAACCUUCUUACACUCUACAAUCAUGAUAAAGGGCAGAGUUUUUCAGGUUUGGAUGGGGAUCUUAUUCUGUUCUGUAAACAGUUUACUGGGUUCGUCACUGGGUUCGUCUCUGGACUGCUCAGAUCGCGAUCUUACAGGUGCAAGGUGUUCGAUUUCUGUGGAGAAACUUCUGGAUCGAGCCGUCCAGCACGCUGAGCUCAUCUACCGCAUCUCAGAUGAGGCCAGGACUAUGUUUGAGGAGAUGUACAUCCCUUUAUCGAUAUCCGCUCAUCAAGGCCAUUCGGGCAAUUCUUGCACAUCCAAUCUUGUGCGUGUUCCUACAUCCAAAAUCGAAAUUCAACAAAUCUCAGACAAAUGGCUCCUCCACUCGAUCUUGAUUCUGGUUCAGUUCUGGAUCGAUCCCCUGGCUGACCUGCAGGACUCGCUCGAAGGUUACGACAAUGCCCCAAGCUCUCUCCUCAGCAAGACCAGUUGGAUGUCAAACAAGCUGAUGAACCUUAAGCAGGGAGUUCUUGUCCUCAUGAGUAAGAUAUUGGAUGAAGGAAGUCUAGAGCUGGAUAAUAACGAGAGUAUGACACGCCAUGUUGUUGCUCCUGCCAUGGUGGAGCAUGUGCUGAGGGACUACACCAUGUUAUCCUGCUUCAAAAAGGAUGCUCAUAAAAUGGAGACGUUUCUGAAGCUGCUUAGAUGCCGCCAAACGGACAAUCUAAGCUGCUCCCUUUUCUAGCCAUUU